GGCCCGGAGGGUGCGGCGGACCCACGGACCCGGAGAGCGUGGGAGUGGAGUAAGCCGCUGGCCACGUCCCAUCCGCAGGGUCUAGGGGGCCGAAGGACGACACAGGCCCUCCAGGCUCCUGGGGAGACCGGAAAGGGGGCCCGGACCUUCCGGUCCCCUUGGGCCGCAGCCCCAGAGUAUGGCUGACCUGGCGCGCACGCGGCACCACCUCAGCGCUGACUGUCGGCCAGGAUGGGGACACAGGAAGGGAAGCGAAGGCCAGACAGCAAGAGCGGGCUUCGCACUACAGCAGAACUAGACCCGAAGCCAGACGCUACCGGUGCCCUUAGCCCUCAGUCCUGGGCCGACCCGCGGGGCGCACAGCUCCCCCCAGCGCCGCUCGCGGCAGGGGCGGGGCCGCUGAGCUGGCCCGAGCGGAUUUGCCUGGGCUCGGUCGGGGGAGGGGCCUGCCGCGACUAGCCACGCCCCCGCGCCCCCGCCCCUGGGCCGCGCAGGAAGUAGGGGCGGGCCCGGGCCCAGCGUGGCGGGAGGCGGAGCAGGGAUGCGGCGGAGGGCAGAGUCCGGGAGGGCUUGGCUGCGGGGGAAGGCAGCCUCCGCCUUCUCGGGUGGAGACCUUUAAAUACGGGCUCGGGCCCGGGACUCGGGGUGCGGCGCCUAGCAGCCUGAGGGGGGUGUGCGGUGCAGGGCGAUCAGACGGGGCAGGGCGCGAGCGCUGAAGCUGCGGCUGCGAGGCCCAGAGCGAGGAGCUGUCCGAGCCGUCGGGAUCGGAGCGGUUGCUCGGAAGUGGCCAUACUUCAUACUGCAUAUGAAAUAGCAACACAGGGAUACCCCAGAGCACAUGCAGUUCUAUAAUACAGGCCCACCUGCCAUCGAUAGUUUACCCCAGCUGCUGUAUAAAAGGCAAGCUGAAUAUGGCCUGGCAACCAAGGUGGAUAAGAAGUAACUCUGAGAAGAUGUGCUGAAGUUCUGCCUAAAGAAGAAAGGAUGAUAGGAUCGUGGACAAUCUGCAAAAAUACUCUGAUCAGCCAUCUGAGCUUAAGAUAUUUAAAUAACAGCCUUCAUCUCAAAAAGUACAGUCAUGUUUGAAAUUAAGAAGAUCUGCUGCAUCGGUGCAGGCUACGUUGGAGGCCCCACAUGUAGUGUCAUUGCUCAUAUGUGCCCUGAAAUCAGGGUAACGGUGGUUGAUGUCAAUGAAUCAAGAAUCAAUGCAUGGAACUCUCCUACACUUCCUAUUUAUGAGCCAGGACUAAAAGAAGUGGUAGAAUCCUGUCGAGGAAAAAAUCUAUUUUUUUCUACCAAUAUUGAUGAUGCCAUUAAAGAAGCAGAUCUUGUAUUUAUUUCUGUGAACACUCCAACCAAAACCUACGGAAUGGGAAAAGGCCGCGCAGCAGAUCUAAAGUAUAUUGAAGCUUGCGCUAGACGCAUUGUGCAAAACUCACACGGGUACAAAAUUGUGACUGAGAAAAGCACAGUUCCAGUGCGGGCAGCAGAAAGUAUUCGUCGAAUAUUUGAUGCGAACACAAAACCCAACUUGAAUUUACAGGUGCUGUCCAACCCUGAAUUCUUGGCAGAAGGAACGGCCAUCAAGGACCUCAAGAACCCAGACAGAGUACUGAUUGGAGGGGAUGAAACCCCAGAGGGCCAGAGAGCUGUGCAGGCACUGUGUGCUGUGUAUGAGCACUGGGUUCCCAGAGAAAAGAUCCUCACCACCAACACUUGGUCUUCAGAACUUUCCAAACUGGCAGCAAAUGCUUUUCUAGCACAGAGAAUCAGCAGCAUCAACUCUAUAAGUGCGCUCUGUGAAGCAACAGGAGCUGAUGUAGAAGAGGUGGCAACAGCCAUUGGAAUGGACCAGAGAAUUGGAAAUAAGUUUCUGAAAGCCAGCGUUGGUUUUGGUGGGAGUUGCUUUCAAAAGGAUGUUCUGAAUUUGGUUUAUCUCUGUGAGGCUCUAAAUUUGCCUGAAGUAGCUCGUUAUUGGCAGCAGGCUGACUUCGUGGCUGGACCUCAGAUGGGGUUGAAAUUUAGCCGUACUCCCCACCUUGACACCCAUCCCAGCCUGAUGCAUGGAAAGGUCAUAGACAUGAAUGACUACCAGAGAAGGAGGUUUGCUUCCCGGAUUAUAGACAGUCUGUUUAAUACAGUGACUGAUAAGAAGAUAGCUAUCUUGGGGUUUGCAUUCAAAAAGGACACGGGUGAUACGAGAGAGUCGUCUAGUAUAUAUAUUAGCAAGUACUUGAUGGAUGAAGGCGCACACCUCCACAUAUAUGACCCGAAAGUGCCAAGGGAACAAAUAGUUGUGGAUCUUUCUCAUCCAGGAGUUUCAGAGGAUGACCAAGUGGCCCGGCUUGUGACCAUUUCCAAGGACCCCUAUGAAGCAUGUGAUGGUGCCCAUGCUGUUGUGAUUUGCACUGAAUGGGACAUGUUUAAGGAACUGGAUUAUGAACGCAUUCAUAAAAAAAUGCUGAAGCCAGCCUUUAUCUUUGAUGGACGACGUGUCCUGGAUGGGCUCCACAAUGAACUACAAACUAUUGGCUUCCAGAUUGAAACAAUUGGCAAAAAGGUGUCUUCAAAGAGAAUUCCAUAUGCUCCUUCUGGUGAAAUUCCAAAGUUUAGCCUUCAGGAUCUACCCAACAAGAAACCCAGAGUAUAGACAUUGCCAUUUUUAUUUGUAAUUUUUUUGGUACUUGAGGAUAGCAAAUAUCUAUCUGAUAUUGAAUGGUAAAUGAACCAAGUGCUUUUAAGGAAACAAAACUAUUUUUUUAAUAAUCAAAUUUAUACUAGCUGUAUGGGAAUUAGUGUAUCUGGUAAUUAUGAAACUAGAAUAUUUUUUACAUAUUUUUAUAAUAUUGUUACCUCAGUGAUUGGAUGAGUAACAAAUAAUCGUGUUGUUUUAAUGGUGUCGAUUUUUGUAAAAUUAAACUUCAAACACUUUUUACUUGAUAAAAAUGUCUUUAGGCAGCACUUUAAUAUCACACUGUAAUGGGAAUGGCACUCUUCAGUUUUUCUGAUCAUUGGUUUAUCUACUUGUCAUUAAGUACUUAUUUUAAACCAUGAAAUGCCUAUGCUAAAUACUGGGCUAAACCUGUUAACCUUCCCAAAAGUGUAAUGGAGAUUGAGAGGUUCCUGAAUUAAUUGGUUAAGAUGUUUUCCAUGCCAUUUCUUAUCUCUCUGAACUGAGGAGAAUGCAAUGGACAGAAUGUGGCCUUUGUACUUAUUUUCCCCCUAUCUUCCAUGUUAGAAGUAACCCUACAAGUAGGGUUUGGUUAAUGUUCUUUUGCUCCUU